CCAGUGCAAGUGACUCUGCGUGGAGGCUGGGGGGUCGCCUCAAGCGGCAGAGACAGCCGCAGGACUCUGCGCCACGUCAGGGUUCGCCCGACGUCGGGGGAGGAGGGAGCCAGCCGGCGACCACAGCAGAGAGACGGGCGGAGACGCACUGAGCGGAGCUCGGGCUUACGAUUCAUUCUCCUCAGCAUCCGAUCGAGGUAACUGGAAGACAUGUCAGCUGUGGUGAAGCUCAAUGCACUGUGAUGAUUUCAUCAGGAACAGUAUGUAGGGGAAGGUACUGAAAAGGUCAAAAAUCAAGACGGGAGGAUUCGGUUCCAAUAUGGGCGAUGACGUCCCCACACACUAUACACUGGGAUGAAUGAACCCUUCCCAGUUCUGCCUCAUGUACGACAGCUGUGGCGGCAGGGCCGGGUACCGGGGCAGUGUGAAGGCCUCCCAGAAUUUUUCGGCCAAUCAGGAUGCAGAAAUUCUCUACAACGCUAUGAAAGGAAUUGGCAGUGACAAGGAAACCAUCAUUGACCUUCUGACCUCCAGGUCAAAUGCACAGCGGCAGCAGAUCUACUCCAGCUACAAAACUCUCUACGGAAGGGAUCUGAUCGAUGAUCUGAAGUAUGAGCUGACAGGGAAGUUUGAGAGGCUCAUCGUGGGGCUCAUGAAGACACCAGCCGAGUAUGAUGCCAAGGAGCUGAAGGACGCCAUCAAGGGUCUGGGAACGGAUGAGAAGUGUGUGAUUGAAGUUCUUGCAUCCAGGAACAAUAAACAGAUUCAUGCAUUGACCAGCGCCUACAAGGAAGUGUACGAAUCUGAUCUGGAAGCUGAUAUUGUCGGAGACACAUCUGGACACUUUAAGAAGAUGUUGGUGGUGCUUCUGCAGGGAACCAGAGAGGAGGAUGAUGUUGUGAGCGAGGAUCUUGUGGCUCAGGACGCCAAGGAGCUGUACGAAGCUGGGGAGCUCCAGUGGGGAACAGAAGAGAGCCAGUUUAUCACCAUCCUGGGAAGCCGUAGUUUCUGCCACCUUCGGUUAGUGUUUGACGAGUAUCGGGAUAUCGCUGGGAAGGAGAUUGAAGACAGCCUGCGGGACGAGCUUUCAGGGGACUUUCAGAAGCUGAUGUUGACAGUGGUCAGGUGCGCCAGAAACAAACAGGAGUACUUCGCCUCCCGACUCUUCAAGGCCAUGAAGGGUAUGGGAACACGGGACAACACACUGAUCCGAAUCAUGGUGUCGCGUAGCGAGAUCGACAUGCUGGACAUCCGCGAGGAGUUUCGAAAAAAGUAUGAGAAAUCACUGCACAGUAUGAUCCGGAGUGACACUUCUGGGGAGUACAAGCGAGCUCUGCUGCGGUUGUGUGGAGGUGACGACGAUGUUGCAGGUGAAUUUUUCCCUGAGGCCGCGCAGGUCGCCUAUCAGACCUGGGAACUCAGUGCCACUGCGAGAGUUGAGCUGAAGGGGACGAUACACCCAGCUGCUGACUUCAAACCUGAGGUGGACGUAAAGGCCCUCCGCAAGGCAAUGAAAGGAAUAGGCACCGAUGAGGAGGCGAUCAUCAACAUAAUUUCCCAGAGGAGCAAUGCACAAAGACAACAGCUUCGGCAGCAGUUCAAAUCCCAGCUGGGCCGGGACCUGAUGGCAGACCUGAAGUCUGAGGUUGAUGGGAACCUGCAGCGAAUACUUCUCGGCCUCAUGAUGACUCCCGCUGAGUUUGAUGCCAAACAGCUUCAGAAGGCAAUGAAGGGUGCGGGCACGGACGAAAGGGCCUUGAUUGAAAUCCUUACUACAAGAACAAAUCAGGAGAUUUCAGACAUCAAGGAGGCCUACAAGGAGGCCUAUCACAACAGUUUAGAAGAGGAUGUCGGCUCUGAGACGUCUGGUCACUUCAAGAGGUUCCUUAUUUCGCUAAUCCAGGCCAAUCGAGAAGAGGGUGAUGCAAAUUUGGCUCGUGCGGCCGAAGAUGCCAAGGAAUUGUGCAGCUCCGGCGAUGAUGAAUCUGCUUCAAUGGAAUCGAAGUUCAUCAGUAUACUGUGUACCAGGAGUUACGCCCACCUCAGGAGGGUAUUCCAGGAUUACAUUAAACUGACCAACAGGGACAUCGAGCAGGCCAUCAAGACCGAGAUAUCGGGAGACCUAAUGUACGGGCUGAUUGCAGUCGUGCGUUCCAUCAAAAACAAACCGUCGUUCUUUGCAGAGAGGUUAUACAAGUCCAUGAAGGGAGCUGGGACGGAUGACAGGACUCUGAUCAGGAUCAUGAUUUCCAGAAGUGAGAUCGACUUGGUGAACAUCCGCCAGGAAUUCAAGAAGGCGUACGAUGCCUCACUGUACUCCUUCAUCGAGAGUGAUACGUCGGGGGACUACAGUAGUGUUCUUCUAGCGUUGUGUGGUGGAGAGGACUAGAAAUGGUGCUUCCAUCCUGUCGUGUUGGUGAUGUCCUUGGCCGCAGGCAGAACGUCAGUACAGGAGCAUCGUGGGACGAAGUGCCAUCGUUUCCAAUCCACCCCUUCCCGACCCCACAACCUAUCCCCGCGGCAGGAGCCUAGGUUGGGGUCUUGCUGACCCCACGUGUGUCACUGUGCAUGUGAUUCUGCUCUCUUUGUUCCCAAAGCACCCAAAUCCCCACCGGGACUCUGCCAGGAGGUCAGAACUCUCUGAACCGGCCCCAGUCCAGGAGUCGUCAAACUGCAGGGUCUGUGGAUCGACCCCCUCUGGAUCUGUCCAGGAUCUCGCUCCUGCCAUUGGUGGCCUGCAGUACCUGACCUUUGAUCACUGCUUUUCAUUGGUGGAUUUUACCCUGUUCCUUUAUCCCAUGUCCCAUCAGAAGACUGGACCCAGCCUUGCCCUCUCCGUAGGAUCCCUGUUCUCCAACGGUCUGGGGUCAUAUUCUGCACCCUACUCCUGUGAAGACAACAUGCUUCUCUCUCAGUCUUACAUCCAUUCCCCUCACCCUCAUUCAGAAUCCCACACAUUCCUUCCUCAAAGUCCCCAACCCUUGGUGCCCCUGGUUCUGAUGUCCCAGUACUUCAUUGAAAGGAAAAGCUCUGUGAGUUAACUAUCGGAGGUGAUGGAAGAUGAGGAAGGAGUGGGGAAGGCAGGUGAAAUGAAGGAGUGAGAUUCUGCAGCCACCUUUUUGGGAAAUCCAUCCAUUUGGACUGGGUAUCCCUUCUUGUCCCCGCCCCCAAACCUGGAGUUCUGAGUGCCUCUCUGCCUCUGGGAUGACAUCACCACUGAUACCCCCACCCAAUCCUGCUGGUGCCCCCCCAGCCGAUUUCCCCAUGGCUGUCUUCUGCACGCAAUCUAUGUUCCUCCUAGUGCUCCUUGAGCUUGCAAAUCCGCCUGAGUUGUUUUAUAAAAUGGAAGAAGCCAAUAAACAUGUAAAGAUCCA